AUGUCCUUCUUCAACCCACGGAAAGUAAGUUAUCAUAAGCUCUCAUGCAGCGAUGUCAGUCUUGCAUCGUCCUCUAAAAAUGCCAAGUCUGGACCGUACAAGCAUCUCCUAGCCACAGUUCUUGCCUUGGGUUGGGCAGUUACCCUCAUCCUAUACUGGCAUUUGAGCAUUUCAACACGAAAACCGUUGACGCCCAUUCCUCUGGGCGUGUUUCGGCCAAUUACCAAAGUGUUCGAACAUAAUGAAUGGUGGUCUGGAAUGUCGGCAGAAACUCAGGAUCACUGGAAUGCACAGUUUGCAGGGCAUGGGGCUCUUUGGGUUGAGCAUCCAGAGAGUUACGGGCUUGAGAAUGGAAUAGUUGCCGAGUUUGAUCAUCCGCACAAGGAUGAAAUUGAUGAGGCACGAUUUUUUAUCAUUUCGAAACUUCAUGAGGUUCAUUGUCUCUCGUGGAUUCGUCGUCAUUGGUGGACUGCCCUGACGGGGGGCAACCUGACGGAGCUCGAAGAUGGAGGAGUGUUCCCAGUCCACAUCGACCAUUGCUUCGAGUACCUUAGACAAGCUCUCUCGUGCGGAGGAGAAGACAUAGUCUUCGAGGGAUAUAGUCCGUUGAUGCAUGAAGGGAGAGUCUCUACGGCUGUAUCAGGAUGGGGAAGAGCUCAUCGAUGUAUUGAUUUUGAUGCGUUGGCGGAUUUUCAAACCCAGCAGGAGGCGAGGUAUAACCUUACCUGGCAAAGAAUUGAUCAAUAG